UGGGUAGAGGUCGCGGUGUUCGUAUCCGAUAGUACAGUGAUUGAAGUUCACGUUUGGUGCAAGGAGGAAAGAGGAAGAGGAGAAUAUUACGUUUCAUUUGAGCCCUCUGGUAACGAAUUUGGGAGAAGACGUCGCCACAGUCGCCACAGUUGCAACGGGAGUUUGGCGGGCAACAUAGCGACGAUUGGCCAGUCUUCCCUCUUGUAGUCGAUGGUCACCGCAAUCAUCCGGCUGAGUAUCGGUUCGAGUUUUCCCAGGAAAACACUACUUCUCGCGGACCCAUUGUCCCCGACGCGUCGGCGAAGCCCAAAGGAAGGAGGAUUCAUCGUGCAUAUACAUCAAGCACUUAAGAUUUAUAAAACAUGAGUUCGAGCGCUUGUUACAAGUGUAACCGGAUGGGUCAUUAUGCACGAGAGUGCCCACAAGGCGGCGGUGCCGGUGCUAGAGGUGACCGUGGACGUGACCGAGAAGGUGGAUUCGUACGAGGUCGUGACAAAUGCUAUAAGUGUAACCAAUUUGGACACUUUGCACGUGAAUGCAAAGAAGAUCAAGACCUUUGCUACCGUUGCAACGGUGUUGGGCAUAUUGCAAAAGACUGCCAACAGGGGCCCGAGAUGAGCUGUUUCAACUGCAACAAGACUGGUCAUAUUGCGCGUAGCUGCCCUGAGGGUGGCAAUGAUUCAGGACGCUUUGCCAUGCAAAGUUGCUACAAUUGUAACAAGACAGGUCAUAUUGCCCGCAACUGUACCGAAGCUGGUGGAAAAACGUGCUACAUUUGUGGCAAAACUGGUCACAUAAGCCGUGAUUGUGAUCAGGAUGACAGGAAGUAGGAUAUAACCGGAAUCCGUGCCGCUCGCUUAACGAUAAGCCGUUUACCGUCGCGCGCGCUACUACCGGGAAUUGUAGCUAGGUAGGGAUAUGCGAACGUAUGUCUCGUUGAUGCGUAUAAUCGCUAAAAACGCGUUUCGUCAUAAUCGUUCGAAUUUCAAUCUCUCCAUGCCCAACUCCCGGAAGCCCAUUUUAUUCCUAGUUUCUUUCCCCUCUAAACAUCGUUGUUCUCUUCGCAAGGGUUUUUUCUUAUGAUGUCUUUGUUUUUAUUGCUGUUACACUACACCAUACAUGCGCGCGCGCGCACAAAGUACAUUUACACAUAGGACACAUUCAAGCAUUACAUGAAUACACACACUAUUACAAUGUAAUAAUAUUAUAAACAUUCGAUUGAAUUAGAGUAGAGACAUGAAUCCUCUGUCCCCUGACCUUCAAACUAUCUCGUACGCGCAUUAUUUUGUGAUGCAAGAUGUAUGGAUUCUUAAUAUACUUUAUGAAAAAAAAAAUUCAAUAAGAUCAACAUUUAUAACGCUAUAUUUUGUCAGCUUAACUGACAAUAUUAUUAUGUUCGUUAGUGGUUCAUAUUGAAACAACAAGAUGAUGAAAUUAACGAGACAGUUAACAUUUUUUGUACCAGAGAGGGAUACAAUAAUUAAUGACAAAAAUUGUGAUGAGUCAAGCAAAUUAUGUUCCUUUCUCACAUCCACGCAUCUUGUAUCCGGUCCUCCCUCUCGAACUCUCUAGCAACUCAAGAAAAAAAUUAAGAAAUUCAGAAUUAAUGGGAAAGGAAAUGAACAUGCCGGCCCUGAAUACAUAUAAAUAAGGUUUAGUAACGCCAAUUUUUUGUGUGUAAGGAUGUAAUUGAGGAUCAUUGAAUCAUUACUUUUAUAACGAACCUAGUUUCAGAUCUCAGCAAAACCUGCACAAUUGUAAGAUCGUCAGUGUUUACAGGUUUAUAUACAGUUAUACUUGGUCUAUAUGCUAGAUUCUGAAAAAAAACUAGGACAUAAGCGUGCUUUUUAUGUCAGAUUCUCAAACUGAAAAUGAAUGUAAGUACUGGUAUGAUCUCAGUGGUUAUUGCAACGUAUAUAUGUAUAUAUACAUAUAAACACAGAAGUCUAUACAAGUUUGCACAUUUUGUACCUAAAAAUCAUAAUUGUUGUAUUGGGCGUCACCAAUGUUCAUACCAUUAACAAUUACUACGGACUUCAAAAGGAUGCAAUUGCAUUUUACCUUACUAUAUCCUUACACAUGGUGAAAUGUUUCGUUACUAGGUAUAUGUAUAUAUAUAUAUGCACAUAUGUGUAUACAUAUAUACAUACAUAUGUGCAGGAGCUGUAUUUUGUACUGUAAAAAGCUAGAUAUACUCUGGUCGUUGCUGGUGACUAAUUCUAAUAAUCCUUUUAUUUAUACAUCACAGAAAAAAACGGAGUUAUAUUUUCAUGUAUAAAGUACUGCACUAAUCUUUUUUUAUAAGUUCUAGAACGAAAAACUUUUAGAUACGAUUUCUCUAGCAUUUUUUUUGUUGAACGUUUGCCGUAAAUCAUGAAGUGAUGAAAGAAAAUGAAACAAGUGUAGCGCAUUUAAAAGUCUCGAAUAUCUUUCUCCGAAUAUUGUGUGGUUGUAGGAGAUUAUUAGGUUUACUUCAAGUACAAAGAUGUGCUAUGUUUUUCUAAAAAAAAAAUAGGAAAAAAUAAAGAUGAUGGAAAAAAGAGAGGCACGAACAAGUCUAAUAGGAAGCAAAAUAGACUGCAACAAAUUUUAUGGUAACGCCGCGCUUAUAAAUAAUGAAAGCAGUUGUUGGAGUGUAAAUUAACGAUGUCCCUAAAUACUUUGUAACUCGUUCCACCGAGCGAGCGAUUAAAUUUAAAUUAACAAGAUCGUUCACAAGAUCUUUGUUCAGUCUAGGUAGAUUGAGGGUGCACACGUUAUGCGUGCGCCAAGCCAUGCCGCCUAUUCAUAAUUAUAUUCUUUCCCAUAUAAUUCGAUAGAACAUGGAUUUGCGCAUGCAGAACCUGUACACAGUACACUGAUACUUUUACCAGCAGCGACAAUGUGUAUUAAUGUUCAGAAGCCAGGCGUGCCUGACUUGAUGGAACUGAAAGCGCCUUGCGCGUCGUAUUGUGUAGUACAGGUGUCCUGCAACAAUUUUAUACACUUAACUGUUCGGGACUUGAACCGAUCUCAUACAUGAUUUUGGUAGUAGUAAUCAGUGCGCUAGUGCGUCUGACGAGAUUUGGAGGAUCAAAAAUUGUGUAUUUCGCUAAUGGACCGCAACCUUUGGUGCUCUCAUUGGAUGAAUUCGGUCUAACGCUAAGAUCAAGAAUCCGUGUAAACAAUUUUCCUUUGUUUCACUGACCAAUAUAUGUUGUAUAAUUUCAAUACACGCGUGUACAUGGAGGCAUGGUCUGUCAUGUAGAGACGAUGUCUUACUGUGUAGGAUAUCUGAGUGGGAAAACAACAUAGCUACGAUGAGUACGCAAUGCAGAUGUGAGGUUCAUUGUGGUGGCACCGGAGGUUCAGAUGAGCAUAUAAAGAAAAAAAAAUGAGUGCGAUAGGGCACCUGCGCUUUUGUCUCUGCUACAAGACUUACGUACGAACAUUGUAAAGAAUACGACUGUUACAGUGUAUGAACUAAUUCGAUUGGUGUAUAACCGAUCCCAGCUCGACUUAUAUUAAUCUAUUAAUACUUAAAGGAAGAAAAUGAAGACGAUGAUGAGGAAAAAAAUAAGCUACAAAGUAAUAAAGGAUUGCGGAGUAUUUGAAGUUAUGUUUUUAAACUGAAUUUUUGAAAUAGAAUGUGUACGGAGAGGCAAAAACGAGA